CUGGAGGUUCAGCCUCCCGCCAUCUCGAAGCAACUUCUUGUUCCCCUGUUGCCCUGUGCCAGCCCCGGGGUUGUGUCCCUUGGCUCCACCCCUGAAACCUUCCCAGGGCUCUGUCCCAGCAGCUCCGAGGGCACAGCAUGGUGGACAUGAUUGCCAAGCUGACCAAGAGGCGGAGUCAGGCCCUGCGGGUACAGGUGGAUGACCCCCCGGAGCCCGUGUACGAGAACGUAGAGAGGCAGCCUUCGGUCACUUCGCCGGGCGCCCCCGCGGCCCCCCGCCCCCCGGCGUGGGAGACGCACACGGACGCGGGCAGCGGGCGCCCCUACUACUACAACCCAGACACGGGCGUGACCACCUGGGAGUCGCCCUUCGAGGCUGCCGAGGGCGCCGCCAGCCCAGCCACCUCCCCGGCCUCGGUGGGCAGCCGCGAGAGCCUCGAGACAGACUGGGGCCAGUAUUGGGAUGAGGAGAGCCGCAGGGUGUUCUUCUACAACCCGCUGACGGGCGAGGCCGUCUGGGAGGACGAGACCGAGGACGAGCCUGAGGACGAGCUGGACAUGCAGCCGAGCCUGAGCCCGCUCAGCCCCAGGGACCAGAGGCCCCCUACCCCUGAGACGGAUUACCCCGAGUCGCUGACCAGUUACCCGGAGGAGGACUAUUCCCCCGUGGGCUCUUUCAGUGAGCCUCGGUCCACCUCUCCCUUGGCCACGCCCCCCGGCUGGUCUUGCCAAGUGAGCCCCGAUGGGCAGACGCUCUACACCAACCACUUCACCCAAGAGCAGUGGGUGAGGCUGGAGGACCAACACGGGAAGCCCUACUUCUACAACCCAGAUGACGCCUCGGUCCAGUGGGAGCUGCCCCAGGUUCCUGUCCCUGCCCCUCGAAGCAUCCACAGAUCCAGCCAGGACAGUGAGACCCCAGCCCAGGCCAGCCCCCCUGAGGAGAAGACCAAGACUCUGGACAAGGCCGGUGUGCUCCAUUGCACCAAGACGGUGGACAAGGGGAAGCGGCUCCGGAAGAAGCACUGGAGUGCCUCCUGGACGGUGCUGGAGGGCGGCGUCCUGACAUUCUUCAAGGACUCCAAGGCCUCAGCUGCAGGCGGCCUGAGGCAGCCUCCCAAGCUCUCCAUGCCUGAGUACACAGUGGACCUAAGGGGGGCCUCUCUCUCCUGGGCCCCCAAGGACAAGUCAAGCAGGAAGAAUGUGCUGGAGCUGCGGAGCCGAGACGGCUCAAACUACCUGAUCCAGCAUGACUCCCAGGCCAUCAUCAGCACCUGGCACAAGGCCAUUGCCGAGGGCAUCCAGGAGCUGUCCGCAGACCUGCCCCCGGAGGAGGAAAGUGAGAGCAGCCCCGCGGACUUCGGGUCCAGCGAGCGCCUGGGGAGCUGGCGGGAGGACGAGGCGCGGCCCGGUGCAGUAGCAGCCACCGCGGAGAGCGACCUGAGCAGGGUCCGCCACAGGCUCCGCAAGUUCCUGCUGAAGCGGCCCACCCUGCAGUCGCUGCGGGAGAAGGGCUACAUCAGAGACCAGGUGUUCGGCUGCGCGCUGGCCGCGCUGUGUGAGCGGGAGAGGAGCUCCGUGCCGCGCUUCGUGCAGCACUGCAUCCGCGCAGUCGAGGCCCGGGGGCUGGACAUCGACGGCCUGUACCGCAUCAGUGGAAACCUGGCCACCAUCCAGAAGCUGCGCUAUAAGGUGGACCACGAUGAGCGUCUGGACCUGGACGACGGGCGCUGGGAGGACGUCCACGUGAUCACCGGAGCCCUGAAGCUCUUCUUUCGAGAGCUGCCGGAGCCCCUCUUCCCCUUCUCGCACUUCCGCCAGUUCAUCGCUGCCAUCAAGCUGCAGGACCAGGCCCAGCGCAGCCGCUGUGUGCGAGAUCUGGUGCGCUCGCUGCCGGCCCCCAACCACGACACGCUGCGGCUGCUCUUCCAGCACCUGUGCCGGGUGAUCGAGCACGGCGAUCAGAACCGCAUGUCGGUGCAGAGCGUGGCUAUAGUGUUCGGGCCCACGCUGCUGCGGCCCGAGACCGAGGAAACCAGCAUGCCCAUGACCAUGGUGUUCCAGAACCAGGUGGUGGAGCUCAUCCUGCAGCGAUGCUCAGACAUCUUCCCGCCGCACUGACCGCGGGCCCCUACUCCCACCCCCGCGGCUGGCGCUGCGGACCCGGGACUGGGGGCGACGACAGUGGUCCUGCCUUGGAAGCUGGACGGUUGGAGGCCGCUUGGCUGGACUCAUCUGGGAGACCCUGCGCCUCCCACCCGCCCACAGGCCGAAGUGAAAUCUGCACCCCUUCGUGCAGUAUGGUGACCCCUGGUGGGCAGUUUGCAAAAUGUGAUUCCCCGGUCCCCCUCCCCGCCUGUCCUGUUUGGGGCUUACUUGGGUUCUGUUCUUUAUUACAGCGACACCUACUGUGUGUGCGUGAGAAUGCGCCGGGGUGAGAGUUUGUUUUCCGGGCUUGGCGCUGGGAGGAGUUAGGGUGAGGGGCUUCACCUGGUGGGGCCUUCAAGGAUAGCCUGUGGGGCCCCAGCCCGG